AUGAAGGCUUCCGCUCUUUUCUACAUUCCACUCUUCGGCCUUGCGCUCGCCGCGCCUGCAACUCCACAGGAUCAAUGCAGUGUUGAGACAAGCAACAUCUUCCAACAAGUUUCCAGCCCAGAUGGAUCUGGCGUUCAAGUAAAGGGAUGCGACAUUGCCAUUCCGCAAUCCUCAAUCGAGGCCAACGGCCUUGACAAGCGAGCGAUGCAUGGCACACUCCAGGUUAUGUGGACCAUCACACUCUCAACUGCACAAGAUAUCAUCAUUCGCGCACUUGUAAACAUGGUCAAUGACCAAGUUACCUUGUUCACAGAGAUGGCUGGCAUGGGCGUCACUGUCGAUAACGUCGCUCGGCUCUCGGGCACCCAAGUCGCAUUUGAGGUGAAUGCCGCAGGAAGAUGGGGCGACACUGCUGCCAGAUUUGUCUAUGACUUUGGCGUGGGAACCAUCAUCACCUUUAUUAGAGAAGGUGCCCGAGAUCCAAGGGGAUAUAAUUUGCCAGUCGACACCCAGUACUGCUACACUAGACCGUGA